AUGACAAAAUUAACUCACCAAGAAACACUCUGUGAAGGCGACGAGAUACGUUGUACAGCGCAAUUCGAUUUUCCUAAUUCAGGGAUCCAUUCUUCAUUCUUGUCACGGCAUAUCAGAAAUGGCUUCCAGAACUGCUCAAAGAGGAUGGUUGAAGCUGAAAUAUCACCUGAUUAUACUACGCUGAAUGUUUUGCUCAACUCUUUAUGUAACUUUAAUAGGGUUGCUCUUGGUUUUUCUGUUAUGGGUGGGAUUUUGAAGAGGGGUAUAGUCCUGGGGAAAACUGACGAAGCAAUUGGGUUGUUUAACUUGAUGAUUCAAAGGGAUGAAGAGAUGGAUUGUUUUACAUUUAAUAUAUUGAUGAAUGGGCUCUGCUCAGAGGGUAGGAUUGAUGAUGCAAGGGAGUUAUUUGUUUUGAUAGAGGCUAAAGGCCAUAAGGGAGAUGUUGUAAGCUACAAUGUGUUAAUUAAUGGGUAUUGCAAGUGUCAAAAAUUGGAGGAGACCAUGAGGCUUUUCAAAGAAAUGGUGCACAAAGAAUACACGCUAGAUGUAGUUACAUUCAACAUCUUGUUGGAUGGUCUAUUUCAAAUAGGCAAUGUUAAGGAUGCUCAGUCACUUUUUGCAAGGAUGAAAGUCCAUGAAGUGAUUCCAACUUCUGGUACUUAUAAUAUAUUAUUGUAUGGAUGUUUCAAAAAUAAUUGCCUCGCAGAGGCAAUGAAGCUGUUUCACAAUUUGGAAAGAUCUGGUCUCAAUUUUGGUCUUGACACCUAUAAUUAUGUCCUUCACGGUUGUGCACCGUCUAUGGUCAAUUUUAACACGCUCAUACGAGGAUUUUGCAAUCUUAGUGAGGUAUCAAAAGUGGUUGAACUUCUUGUUAAAUUGAAAGAGAGGAAUAUCUCCCCAGAUGAAGACACGGAAAUUCCAAGAGGUGCAGAAGGCGUUGGAGGGUUUUGUAUUAAGACCCGUGAUUCAUCUCCUGGAAGUGGUAAUCGAGGAUUAAAUAAUCCCAAGUCUGGGGUCAUUGAUUUUGAAAAGGAAGACUGGGAAGGUGUGAUUGAUGGAUGGUCACCAAGCAUUGUGAAGUAUGGAACUGUAGAUUGA